CUAGUCCUUCCCAUUUUCUCUCUCUGUCUCUCUCUGGUUUUCUCGUUGGUGAACCGACCGACCGACCGACCGAUCGUGGCGUGAAGAAGAAUUUCUUACGAAGCUUAAACCAGACAACGUCGCUUGAUUGUUUCCUUGCUCCUCCGUCCACCUCCAGUACUCUAUCGUGGCGGCGGCGGCGGCGGCAGCAGCUCCGGCUGGGGGGUCAAAGAGAAAGCCCGCUGACCCUAUGGCCACUGCUCGAGUUAAGAAUGCUCCAUCUGUUGCAGUAAUUAUUUAUCACCGUCAAAGUCAGAUGCAGAUGCAGAAGAUGAAGAGGAAGCGAGGGGAUGAAGAGAGGAAGGAGGAGAUGGAGAUUGUAUGGCAAACUCCUGCUGAUCCUCCGGAGGCCCAGGAUUACAUCUUUCGCCAUGGGAGACGCUACGUGAGGCCCUAUUACUUCGAGUUCAUCUCUCAUGGGAAGAAUCGAUGGGCAGGCAAAACAAUUGUUGAUCUGUUUGCUCAAGAGUUCAAAGGCCGACCUUAUGACUACUAUGUUAGUGCAGUUAAAUGUGGACGGAUACAGGUGGAAGGCAAGAUGGUGCCCAUCUCUUACCCUGUCAAAUCUUCUCAGAAGAUAAGUCAUUUUGUCCACAGGCACGAACCUCCUGUAACAGCAAAUGGUGUCUCCGUACUUCAGGAAGAACCGGAUGUGGUGACUGUAUGUAAGCCAGCAUCUGUUCCGGUACAUCCUUGUGGACAAUAUCGGAAAAACACUGUUGUUGGGAUACUUGAGGCAGAGCAUGGGUUGGCACCUCUCUUUCCUGUCCACCGACUAGACCGCCUUGUAUCGGGUCUCCUUAUUUUUGCUAGAAGUGCUUCCAGAGCUGAUCUUUUCAGGCAACAGAUUGAGGGUGGAAUGGUACGAAAACAAUAUAUUGCAAAAGUCAUUGGAGAAUUUCCAGAAAAAGAGCAACUGGUUGAUGUUAACAUAAAUUAUAACGCUCGGGAAGGAAGGAGCACAGCAGGGGUGCACGGGUCUGGAGGGCGUAAUGUGAGCGUGAGAGGGAAGGAAGCGUGUACAAAGUUUGCAAGGAUUAGGACUGAUGGAACUCAUAGCAUCGUCUUAUGUGAACCAGUCACCGGGCGGACUCAUCAAAUAAGAGUGCACUUGCAGUACACCGGGCAUCCAAUAGCUAAUGAUGUGCUAUACCUGUCGGAGCACUGUUUGGGCAAAGAUGGAAGGAGAGCUGUGAGGGCUGCAGUUGCAGCAGGGAAACCAUUGGAACAGGCGGCAGCUCCUCAUGAAGAUGAUGCCCGUCAGUCUGGGAACAAAGAGGAUUCCUAUGAUAUGUUGACGUAUAAGAGUGACCCAAUGUGCACGAGUUGCCCAAAUUUAGGCCCAAAAGGAUACGAUGAUGGCGGGGAGGAGGAGGAAGGUCUGUGGUUGCACUGCAUCCGCUACUCUGGGCCUGGCUGGGCUUAUGAAUGCCCAUAUCCUCAUUGGGCUUCUCUUUAGCCGUGCGCGCCCGCCCCCCUCCUGCUCUUUCUUUUUAUUUUUUUAGUUUUUUUCCUUUUUUCUUAUCAAUGAUAGGUUAUUGAUUAUUAGAGCUUUUCAGUUUUUUUUUUUUUUAAAAAAACAAUUGGGCUACGGCUCCUUUUAGUUCAUCCAAAAUAGAAGUUUUCGGUUUUCAAUUAAAGACAAUUACACGGAAUUAAAGACAAUUACACGGCACCGCAGAUAGCUGUUGAACA